UCAAUAUGUCCGUCAGCCGUUCAUUCAUUUGCCUUGUUGCUAAAAAAGGUUGAAACGAGAAAUGUUUUAGCGAUUAAAUACGUGUUAUCUUUUUGUUUCCAGUAAAUUACCUUUGAUUUUUACAUAUGUUGAAAUCGAGGUAAAUGGACAAUGGGUAUAGAUUUUAACUUGUAAGAUAGUAUUAUGGCAUCUGGAGCGUCUUCCUUGGAGAGCAAUGGCAGUAAUGAAUCCAUAUCACACAGUUAUGUAAGCAAUGAGAGGCAUAACACUGCCCAAAUACCAACUAUUCCUAUACCGAUUGAGUAUGAUGUCUUAAGUCCAAGCCAAUGCUAUGACAAGACUAGUUACACAGUCAAGGCUCAUGGGGCCCAUGUGAUGAGCGGGCCGUAUGAGCCUCUCGGGCAGUAUGAUGUGCUCAGCAAGCAGACUACCGAGAGCAUUAAACAACAGUGUGAAAUAAACCAGCUGCGGAGACAGCAUACAGAGACAUCACGGAGAUGUGACCAUGUUAUGAAGGAAUUGGAGUAUGUGCGUGGACAACACAGGGCCGCCAUGAAUCAGCUGGAAGUGUCCGCUCAGGAAGCUAGCAGCCUGCGAGGCAAAUACAACGACCUACUCAAUGACAACCAACGCUUGGAGCGUGAGGUACAACAUUUACAACAGAGCGGCAACCCUGAGGGGAGUCCAGACCUAAUGCACACUCUUAGGAAAUAUGAGGCGCUCAAAGAGGAGUUUGAGUGCUACCAGAAAAGAUAUGAAGACUUGAUCGAGAAACACAACACAACCUUAGAGAAAUUUCAAAUAAUCCAAGACGAAAACAACAGACUCAAAACGCAAUGCCACGACCUCACGCAAGAGAGGAACUCCGUUAUACGCGAGAGGAACGCACUAAAACAACAAGUUGCCAGCAUGGUGCGGCAGUGGGAGACGCGCAGCGAACGCGCGGACAUCAAGCGUUUGACCGACGAGAGGAACGCGGCCAUGCACGAGUACACGCUCGUCAUGAGCGAGAGAGACACGGUCCACAAAGAGAUGGAGAAGCUGGCGGACGAGCGACAAGCGGCGCUGAAGCGGGUGGCGGCGCUCGAGGCGGCGCUGCAGGCGGCCAGGGAGGAACAGAGGGCCACUGCGUUACAGGCGGAGAGCCUUCGCCGCGAAAUCGAGUCGGCGCUGGUGGAACGGGAUAGAGCCAUCAAGGAGUGCUCAGAUCUCAAGACUCCCAACACGAACACCUUGGGGAAAUCACGACAAGACAACUCCGCGUAUCACCACUUGGGACUAGCAAGUGGUGGGGGUAACGACGGGUUUCUCAACGGGCAGCACUCCAAUGAUCCCUCAAUGGACAAGUUGCAAGGGUUGGUGGGCAUGUCCUCGGACUCAGCGGACGCGGAGCGCGCGGAGUCGCUGGAGAACAACCCCGAGCUGGAGAGGCUCCGCAAGCAGCUGGACAGGAUGCAGGCUGAGCUGGCGGACGCUGUGAGGGAGGCUGAGGUGAGUGCUGAUGGUUAUCAUUACCAUCGGGGCUGUGGUGUCCCGGAGCCGGCACACAAGGAGUCGCUGGAGAACAACCCCGAGCUGGAGAGGCUCCGCAAGCAGCUGGACAGGAUGCAGGCUGAGCUGGCGGACGCUGUGAGGGAGGCUGAGGUGAGUGCUGAUGGUUAUCAUUACCAUCGGGGCUGUGGUGUCCCGGAGCCGGCACACAAGGAGUCGCUGGAGAACAACCCCGAGCUGGAGAGGCUCCGCAAGCAGCUGGACAGGAUGCAGGCUGAGCUGGCGGACGCUGUGAGGGAGGCUGAGGUGAGUGCUGAUGGUUAUCAUUACCAUCGGGGCUGUGGUGUCCCGGAGCCGGCACACAAGGAGUCGCUGGAGAACAACCCCGAGCUGGAGAGGCUCCGCAAGCAGCUGGACAGGAUGCAGGCUGAGCUGGCGGACGCUGUGAGGGAGGCUGAGGUGAGUGCUGAUGGUUAUCAUUACCAUCGGGGCUGUGGUGUCCCGGAGCCGGCACACAAGGAGUCGCUGGAGAACAACCCCGAGCUGGAGAGGCUCCGCAAGCAGCUGGACAGGAUGCAGGCUGAGCUGGCGGACGCUGUGAGGGAGGCUGAGGUGAGUGCUGAUGGUUAUCAUUACCAUCGGGGCUGUGGUGUCCCGGAGCCGGCACACAAGGAGUCGCUGGAGAACAACCCCGAGCUGGAGAGGCUCCGCAAGCAGCUGGACAGGAUGCAGGCUGAGCUGGCGGACGCUGUGAGGGAGGCUGAGGUUUCCAAAAGAAGACGCGACUGGGCGUUCUCAGAAAGAGACAAAUUGCUGCAAGAGAGAGAAAGUGUGAAGGCUUUGUGCAAUAGGUUAAGAAAGGAGAGAGACCAAAUGGUCGGCGAACUGGCAGACGCUCGACGGCACGGCGGCGGCAAGCAUAGCGAAGCCGCUAAAGAUGUCAAGAACGACUACGAAUGGGACCUAAUCGACGUGGAACUAAGCGGUCUCAGUAAAGACGGAGAUUUAGGUUUCGAGUUGUCCGGCGGGAGAGAAGACCCUUACUAUCCUAACGACUGCAGUAUUUACGUCACGGCUGUGAAGAAGGGUUCACCGGUUGAAGGGAAAAUCAAGGUGUUGGACCGAGUGACAGAGGCGUGUGGCGUAUCAGUGUGGACGAGCGGUCGCGCGGCGGACGCAGCGCUGCGGACGCAGCUAGCGCGGGGCGAGGUUCGGCUGCGGCUGCAGCGCGCGCGCGCGGUGCGGGUGUCGCUGCUGCUGGCCGACGCGCGCGGCCUGCUGCUGCACCACGGUAUCUUCAUCAGCAAGAUAACAACGAACAGUGCGGCCGCUAAGGAUGGCAAUAUUUAUGUCGGCGAUCGGGUCGUCAGUAUCAACAACCGUUCGCUAGAGGGCGUGAAGAGCGUAUCGGAAGCGAUGGCUCUCCUGAACGAGAAUCAAUACGACGUGAUGCUCACUGUACUUCGCCCGCUGUACCCCUGCUGUGAUACUAGAGACAGGUUUUCCGUGUACGAGCAUUCAUAUUCGGACGGAAAGAUGGUGAACAUUUGUUCGCAGACUGAAGAAUCGUACGGACAGUUCGUGCCGCCACCGGAUUCUAAGGUUCACAUUGAGCACGGAAUGGCGGACUUCGACCGCCGUUACGUCUACCAUUUGGCGGCCGGCAGCCAGGGCAAGAUUCAAGAAAGAGGCGCGUGGGAUAUGAUCCGCGGCAAGAUCGAGGCUGUCACUGGACGCAGCAAGUCGAAGGAUAAGCAGAAUAAGGUGCCAGAAUCGGAUGCGAUCGCGGAAUUAGAUUCUGUCAUCGACAGCUAUCAUGGCAAAACAAUCAAAGAAACCAGCAGUGUUCUAAAACGCUCGCGAAGAAAAAACAAAGAGUCUCACAACGACGCCAAGAACGGUGGCACUUGGCCCAAGGCCCGGGCCAAUUUUAUUCUGGAAGAAAACUCUACGGGCACCAUAGUGCAGCCACGGUCGAGGAAAGAACGGCCUCCAUUGUCUAUACUUCUAAGUCCGCCAACCAAGCUUCCACCAGAGCCUCAACGCUCAAACACGAAUAGAAAUUCGAACCCCAUACCCCUUGGACACGCCCCUCUAACUCAAGUCACCACCCCCGCACGGCAUUCCGUCUACAAAUCCAUCGAAUCAUCCCCCGCAAUCGAACAUUUCCCCAAACCAGCCCCAUUGACCGUCCACAACCCUUUCGCUUCACCCAACAGUAUGAAUUUCGAGAAAAUUCGAACGCUGGAGAAAGACAAAAUGUCCAUCAGUGACUACUCAGACCAUGACAUAACGCCAAAUCGGCUAAGUCUUGUCCUAAACCCAUCAGACGACUCCUUAGACUACCAACCAGUGACACGAAACAGGACUAAAAGCCCCCAUUCGUUAGAUUUCAUGGUCAACAAAGGCCCAAGCUCUCUAGACUUCGUAACCCGAAAAUCACCAAGCUCAAUUGAGCAUUCGAUGAAAAAUCAUCCAGGGAAAGAUUUAUUAGAACAGUAUUAUUCUUCAAAAAAGUCCUCUUCACCUAAAACAGUGAAUAAAUACCCUUCAGACAGCGACAGCUUCGGACCUGAUAGUCUCAACAGUAAUCCGAAUUACCCCAUGACUGGGACGUUGCCUACGCAAUCACGAUUACAAUCUCAAUACCAUUACAGAGGUCCCUUUGUCAACUCCCAUCCACACACAAGUAGAUACCCACAUCUCGUCAGUCCGACAAAUAUACCGCAAAGUCAGUCUGGAGAAAGCAUUGGAACAAGUUACGACAUGCACUCAUUCACGUCUCAUACGCACAACAUGUCUGAUCUCCAACCAGUCCCGAGGACUACAAGAGUGGGCGAUUACCACCACACAUACGAAGGCGGGACGUUUCCGAGGAAGAAGGAGAACCAGAGGUUUCGUAUUCCGUCCAAUCCGAGCGUCACAUCUAAAAACUCUGCCGGAAAAUUAAGCACUGGAUCUAUAGAAAGGAGUUCCGAAAGGAAUUCACCAAUGCCGACAUUUCAUGUGGAAGUUUUGAGCCCUGGCCGAGGCGCGAAACAACUAGCGCAUAAAGGAACUAGGAAUUCCAUGCCAGAAUACUGCGGGAUGAGUUUAGACAAACCUUUACCUGGUGAAUUACGAAGAGUUCAUAUAGACAAGAGUCAACAACCGCUUGGGAUCCAAAUAUAUUGUCCCUCUGGCGGUGGGGUUUUUGUAUCUACUGUGAAUGACAAUUCGCUUGCAAGACAAGUUGGUUUACAAAUCGGAGACCAACUGUUGGAAGUGUGUGGAAUAAACAUGCGAUCCGCGACGUACCAGUUAGCUGCGAGAGUUUUGAGGCAGAUAGGAAACUCUAUCACUAUGUUGGUGCAAUACAGCCCUGAUAAAUAUAAAGAUGAGGUUGAAGUUACUGGUUCGUCAUCUUCAGGGGAGAGUUCUCACGAUGAGGAAGUUUCCUUAUCGGGGUCUCCGACUCCGAGGAAUUCCCCAGGUCCUCAGCAGUCGAUACGAAUGGAGACGCCGUCGAAUGAAGUGGCGACGUUGAGUCGCUCGGGGAAUAAGGAUCUGCCGAGGUUUUUGCUGAUCGAAAUGAGGAAUUGUUCCGAUUUGGGCAUCAGUUUAGUGGGGGGUAACGCGGUGGGGAUAUUUGUGCAUAGUGUGCAUAUAGAUUCGCCUGCGCAUAUAGCGGGUUUGAGGACGGGCGAUCAGAUUUUGGAGUAUAAUAAUGUGGAUCUGAGGCGGGCCACCGCGGAGCAAGCCGCUUUGGAGUUGGCGAAACCAGCUGAUAAAGUGAGCGUGUUAGUCCGACACGACCUGCAACAAUACCACGACGUAAAAGACAAGCCGGGAGACGCAUUCUACAUCCGCGCAGGGUUCGAUCGGGGGAACAAGUUUACUGCCACCGGUAUGGACACGCUCGAUGAAUAUCCCCUGUGGUUCAGAAAGGAUGAGGUUUUAUUUGUGGAUAACACGUUGUACAACGGAGCGCCGGGGCUGUGGCGCGCGUGGCAGCUGGACUGCAAGGGCGCCAAGCAACGCUGGGGGACUAUACCUAGCAAGUUCAAAGUGGAAGAAAUGCUUCGUCGAUCGAUCGGGCCGCUGGAGAGCGACGCCGGCCGCCGCGCCUCCACCACCGCGCGGCGCUCCUUCUUCCGCCGCAAGAAACACCGCGACAGCAAGGAGCUCGCGUCCUUCUCCAACACCGAACUCGGCUGUUGGAGCGACAGCGGGACCCUGGCUGAUGACGCCCCUGUGUUGUGCUAUCAGAGGGUGGAGAGGUUGCACUACGGCAGCCACCGGCCGGUAGUGGUGCUGGGCCCGCUGCGCGAGUGCGUCGCGGCGAAGCUAGUGUCGGACUGGGCGCACGUGUUCGGCGCGGUGCGCGCGGCGCCGCUGUCGCUACGCGGCGCCGCGCCCGCGCUGCAGCGCGGCACGCAUCUCGAGCCGCGUCCGCGCGCGCACUCCGGCUAUCUCGACUGCAUCCCGCUGCAGGCCAUACAGGAGCUGGCGCACAAGAAUAUCCACUGCAUCCUCGACAUCAGCGUGGCCACAAUAGAGAAGCUCCACAAGCAACAGGUGUACCCCAUCGUCCUGUUCAUCAAGUUCAAGUCGUUCAAGCAGAUCAAAGAGAUGAAGGACCCCAGCUACCCCACGGAGAAGGUGUCGGCUAAGGCGGCCAAGGAAAUGUACGAGCACGGAUUGAAGAUCGAGAACGAAUAUAGAAGCUAUAUUUCAGCGGAGAUCCCAGCCGGCGUGAACAUAGCCUACAUUUGCACACAAAUCAAAGAAGCAGUCAAGGAAGAGCAGAACAAAACGCUAUGGGUCCCCUCCGUGCAGGCCUGACCUUUGCCCCCCUCGCCCCCUCGGCACAAAUCCGUCACCUUCUGUUCCCAUUGUAAACACGACCCCUCCCCCUACUCUUCAGACCGAGAUAUCCGCUACUACUCCGACCCAGGACGCGAAAAACCCAAACCGAAAAAGAAAAAACACACUACAGAAUCAACUGACAGCGAUUUGAAAUAUUACUCGGAACCGGACGCGAAAAACUACUUCGAAAUCGACUACGAAUUCCUCAAAGAAUUACGCAGAAUCGCCAGAAAUAACUGCCCGAAAUGCAAGCGUAAAAGAUCUAGAAAAUCAGCGGAAAACCAAGCGAAAUACAAGAGCAAAGUUAGACCGAGAAGUUCGCGUUUAAAAGAGAAUUAUGUGUACUGCAACGGAAGAUAUCAUAGCGAUAAGGAACACUGUCAAUUGUGCUGCAAAGUCUGCAAUCGAUCGACUGACACUCUCGACUCGAUUGACGACGAAUACUCGUUAGUAUCGGGAAGCUACAGUCAACCCUCCAGCAAGACUGUGAGCUCGCGGUCUAAGUCUACUCCGAGAAACAAACCACGCGAACGGAAAAACUCUGUUCAAUCGAUUAAAUCUGUGUCGUUUCUAGAAUCGAGCAACGAUGAAUCGAAAGACGAGACGAAUUACACAGCAAAGAGUUUCACGAAUGAUUUGAAGAAGUUUCUGUUGAAGCCUUCGACACCGCGGCUCAGUUUCCGGGACAAAUUCAUUAUUAGUUUCAAACAAGAGUUUGAAGCGACCAAGAAAUCACCCAAGCUCAAAGCUAUUAAGGGUUUGUGGAAGUCUUAUUAAAAUUUUUUACUUAUACAAUGAUGCUAAUCAAUUUUGUGAAGCAUAAAAUUCACGUUCUUAUUUCUUACGGCGCCUAUUACAUUGCUGUUAUAUAAUAUAACAUGGCAUAUAGAAGAUGUAGCGACCAAAUGUAGUAAUAGUUUGAAUAUAUAGACUUGCUAUGCUGCCAGGCUUUGUCUUCGCCGCAUGAAUUAACGAUGUGAUAUUGUGCAAAGUUAAGUAAAAUAUUACGAACGUUUUCAAAUUGUAUUCUGAUAUUUAUUUAUAUUUAUGAUGGAUUUAAAUUUCCUAGGUGCUUUAUUUGGAGAUGGUUCUAUGUAAGUUUGAUUUAAAAACCAACGUAAGUGUUCAGAAUUGGUCUAAAAGUAUUAAAUAACCAAGGUUCAGGUGCUAAGGACUCAAGCUGUAAAAGCUUGUAUAUCUUUAUAUUUAUCAAUCAAUGGUCGGAUUGAUACAAAUUUCCUGCGAAUUGUCGAAUACAUAAGGUCAUUAUUAUUACUAGCUCUGGAUAAGAUACAAUUUAAGGAGCUGACGGACAAUAUUCAUUAAUGAAUUGGCACAUUAUGAAAAACAAGGAGGUCAUUAUCACACGGAUGCUAUAUAUUUAGCUAUAAUAUAUGUUUUGUCCUUAUCUCACUUUCCAAAUUUUAACAGACAGAACGAGACUUAGUUGUUCUUAUUAGUAAAUGGAAGGUGAAUCCGAGGUCUCGAGUGAAUUAUCUAAAAAAUAUCCCCAUUCAAAAUCUCGUUGGCGCUAAUUUCAUAAAACUAUAUUGCAAUUUAUUAUAUUUAGAAGAUAGAUAUAAUUGUCUAAUAGAGAAAUUUGUAGGUCUUUUUGCAUCGUACAGUACAGUACUGUAGCAUAAUUAAUUUGCUCGACUAAUGGAUUUUAAAAUCUUAUACAAGGACAAAAAGGAGAUAUCUUCUAAUUAAAAAAAUUAUAGAGUGCAAUAAAUAAAUUGCUAUCAUUAGAUGUUGAAAAUAUAUUGAAUAUACUAAAAGUAGUGCGUCGUUGUUUUAAGAAUAGUACUGAAAACUGCACCAAUCUUGUUUAAUUUCAAAAUUUGUAUUGUUACGCAAAAGCACAGUUUACACAUACAUUUUACACAAAUUAUUGUAGCUUAAGGUUCAUGAUUGCAGCACGUAUGUUACUACGACCUAAAAUAAUAUUAAUCGAUUUUCCAAUUACUUGUACCGGUUUUAUCCGGUUAGAAGUAGAAUGUUAUUCAGAGAUUAGGGACUAUAAGUGUCAAUAUAUCCCCAUAGUGUCCCUAGGGGACCCCUAGGACUGUAGUACAUAUUUAGAUAUUUACGUAUUAUACUAUUAGAAUGCUAACGAAACCGUCUGAUAUUUUAUAUGAUAUUUAUCUUAUAGUUUCGCAUAAUAUUGUCCAUUUGACGUGCCAAAAGCAUCGUAGAAUAUAGGGCAGCGAAAGAAACAAACUGUUCGUGUAAAUAUAACUAGUGUAUGUAGCUCUUUGACUAGUUUUCUUAUUUAUUUUUAUGUACAGGAAUUUCUAUUACGCUAAUUUAUAUAUUUUUUUUAUAAAAAAAAAAUCAUUAUUGUGUGUACUAAUUCCGCGGAAAUGUGGCACAGUUUAUUUGCCGGAAAAUGUUUAUUUAAUAUGUAUGAAGAAUAUGAGAGAGAAAUAGGUUACAUUGAUUUUGAUUGAUUGACACUUCUAUAAUAUACAAAACAAUGACGAGAAAAUCGAUUAUAAAUAAAUGAAAUAACACGAAAGAAAUCGAAAGUUGUUUGACAACUGAAUUAUAUUUAAAAGAACAUGAUUUAUUAAAUUAUAACAUAUUAUUUAUAUUGAAUAAAUUCAUUAUUUUGAUCAUUGAUAAACAUCAAAUUAACGGUUAAAACGACCAGAUUUUUUUAUUUCAUAGCUAUUUUGUCUUUGAAGGACCCAUUUUUUUAACGAAAGACGCUAUAGCCUCAAUUUUUUUAAAUUGUAAAAUACUGGCAUUUGAGAAAAUCGACCAACUACCAGAUCAUUUAAUUAGUAAAAAAAUACUGGAACAUCUCGACGAUGAGACGUUUUCUCUCAAUGCACUCGAUGCGAAAUUUUGUGACCUUAUAACGGCUGGUCGAUUUUCCUGAAUGUCACGUAUUGCUAAAUGCAGAAGUAGCGAUCUCAAGGUAUAAUUUGUGAUGAGGCUUACGGAUUGUAUCAGUUGUAGUUUAAGUUUUUGUACAGAUAUAACGAGUUUAUGUUACGUUGCCAGUUAACGUUUCAGUUUUAAGUCUUGGUUGUGGACACGCGAGGACAACGAAAGUGGUGUCGUAGAUGGCGCCACUUCCAAUUAUGUAUAUGCACUACGCGUGUUUUUCUUUCGGUUAUGGACGCGGCUCCAAUGGUCCUGCGUGUUCCGCUGCGUCGUCGCAACGGCUCCGUUGAUUUACAUAGAUUUUGAGAUCGACAUACGUCGAACGGCCGUAUUUUUUUAGCGAGAACAAUAUCGAUUAUUUGUUUAGCUUUUCUGCCACCAGAGUUUCCGAAGUUGUCGAAUUAUUUACAUUUCAAAUUAUGUAUUAUACAGUGGUUUAUGCGUAGAUAACCAUCAAGAUACCAUUUUUUCGUUCUCCUCCGCGUGUUCACAGCUUAUGGAUGUAGGCUUUUUGAUUUUUAAAUGUAAGUCAGUUUUAUUAUUUGAAUUGUGCAACUAACGAAAUAAAUCGUACAAAUGUUUUUGUUUUAUAUAUACACUGACGAAUUUCCUAUAACGAAUGUUUAAAGUUUAGUUCAUAUGUCUUCAAGACCAGAAUUUGACCAGAAAUAAUCUAUUUGCUGAUUAUAAUUGUAUCUUUUAUGUCGCCGUACAUUAUAUUUGGCAAUAAUUAAAAUUUUUGCCAUUAAUGUAUUGUAUGGCUGUGCGGCGAUGAUGUUUUGGCCUAAAGUCCACAUUCGGGACUCCAUUAGGUUAAAAUAGACCGAAUGAAGGGGUCAGAAAAUACAUUACCAAGAUCAAACUUGAUUGGUGUUUUCUAAACACAAAUUUAUUAGUUUAUCUAUUGUGUCUCGAUUAUCCGCGAUCAACAGGUUUUCAAUCAAUUCAUCGUGAAAGAGAUAUUCAAGAACAAUAGUAAACAAAGACGGCCUUAUCUUUCGUGCCACCUCAACAGAAAGAGAUGACGAUAUGGAUGUUUACAAGUUAAAGCUUAUUAUUCUGUGCUCGUCACUUCUUUCGGUCUAUGUUAACCUUCACAGAUGAUAAAUAGUUACCAUUAAAUUAUAACAGCACAAAAUCAGUUCCGAUACAAAUUCUUUACAACGUUAGCGCGUAAGAAUAUAAAUAAUUUUGAUCUGAUAUAAGUUAAAUAAGUUUGUUUUUAAUAUUGUUUUAUAUACUGUACAUUAUAUAAAUUAUAUAUUCUAAUUAAUAUUAUCAUUAUCGUAUUUGAAAUGGACAAUAAAUCAGUAUUUAAAUUAUUAAAACUUUUACAAGGUAAUGUAUUUCUUGUUUUGGAGUAUAUUUAUCUGUUGUUUUAUUCUUGUAUUGGUAUUAUUUUAUAUAGAUUGUGCUAUUUUUAAUUUAUCUUUGGGCACUGCACUGUAUGUGAGUAAUAUGGUACAGAUUACACUGUCUAAAAUUACUUGCGUCUCCACAUUUAUAAGGCAGAUCGAAUCCAAUGACUUAGUAUUUAUUAUUUUUGUAAGGAAACGGAAGUUCAUAGUUUGGACGCAAUAGCGAUAUUACAUGAGAAAUAGUUAUAUUAGAUUCGGCGCCUAUGCGUGUAAGAUGCGAUUCGUAUUAGUUGGAUUGAAAAGUUAUACAAUAGAAUGAGAAGCAGGAUGAAAUCAGGUUUGCUUUCUAAGCUGACUGUCACGCAGUAGUCAUACUUAUCUAUACUAUUAUUAUAAAGAGUGAAGCGUUUGCGAGUUUGUAUGUUUGAGGCGGGUAAUCUGCGAAACUACUGAACAUAUUUCAAAAAUUUUUUCACCAUUAGAAAGGUAUAUUAUCCAAGAUUGCUAUAGGCUAUAUUUUAUCUCAAAAUUCCUACGGAGCCCCGCGCAACAUCUAGUAGGAAAUAUUAUGCAAAGGGAUUAAGUAUUAAAGAAAACUUGUCAGGGUAUUAUGUAAUCUGUGGUUACGUCGAUGAGGGCACGCGGUGGCCUUUACGGAUCAGGAGGUUUUGGAAGUUAGAACGUCCUUGGGUGCACAUCGACUGCAAUAUAUUUCAAAGCAAAAGGUCCUUAUUACUGAAAGUUCUCACUGUAAAGCGUCAUGACAGCUAGAAGACUUCAAUUUUCUGUUAAUUUCCAAUGUAAAACGUCCGCAAUUGAACCAGACUCUUGAGAAUACGUCAAUAUAUAAUGCCCUAGAGAGCGAAACGUUUAUAAUGAAGGUAUGAAAGUAUGAAAAAUAUUCGAUAAAGGAAAUAAAUACAGAUAUACUUUUCUAUUUAUUCACCUAAGUAUUGUUUCAUUUAAUAACCCUAAGUACUAUUUCAAUUUAUAGAUAUAAAACUACACUUGUACAUCUUAAAGAUCAUUAAGGAUUUUUUUUAAUAGUUGAAAUUCUUUUUAAAAAAUCAGGUAAGGUGUUAUACAUCCUUCUAUUUUUUUUCUUUUUUUCGGCGUAUUGCAAAUAGAAACGCAUAUCGGCCUUUCGUCUCUUCGUUCCAUGACAGACAUUCCUUGUCUAUAUCUUAUUUCCUACCACUUUGCUUCCUACCUAAGUGCGUCAAUAAAUAGAAUUAAUGUCGGUUUUUUAUUCACCUUUGAAUUAAAUCUUCUGUUCCAGCCUUCCAGGGGAUUAUUGGUUUGAAAAAUGUCAUUGUAACAACUUAUAUUCAUGCUUGGCUUUUGCCAUUGCUUUUCGAACAUUAAAAGAGGGAAAUUUGCACAUAUUCUUAUUAUAUCCUUCGAUUCUUUACUAUAAUUUGCCUUCAAAGUAUCUACCUUUUUCCAUACGGCUUUAUUAAAAUGGAAAUGACAUCCGGACACAUCAACACUCGGAAAAGCUUUUUUUUUUGCAUUGAUAAGCCCGGCCUCAUAGUCACACUUGAUAUUUGCUGUAUUCAGUUCUAAAUGUUGUUUUAAAAGUUCAAAUAAUCGUUCAUAUGUGUGCUGUUGUUAGGCAGUAAGGCAUAAAUUACCCCCACCACAUGGACAGCCUCAAUACUAUUGCUUAGGUUAGCAUGAAUUGACAUUAUUUGGUAAAAUGGUUUGGGGGUUCUUGUAAAAGUGCCAUCAAUAAAAAAUAUAUUAUUUUCAAGUUUUUUUUUAACGAGGAUCUCAUCAUCAUAGGACAAAAUAUUAAUAUUUUAUUAUUAUGUGUGCCAUCUUCACAUACCAAAAAAUCCGUUGCUAAUAUUUCUGGCACUUUAACAUCAUUUAAGGUAGUAACUUUUGUUUUUUGUAGGUUGAGGAAAUUUCUUCUAACUCGACGAAGUGUCUUUUUUUGACAGAAAAUUUGGAACAAAUUCACCUCUAGUUUAGCAAACUUUUUUCAAAUUUCUUUUGUACUGGAAUAUAUUUCUGACAAACUGUUUUCUUGCAUUCAUCCAACACGGCGUCAACUCUAUUUUUAAUAAAAUUCGGUUUACAACUAUGAUCAGUUCGACGUAGAAUUUCAUGUCGGUCUUUAUUUAUUGUAAAUUUGCACUACAAUUUUCGCGAUACGCACAUCUCCAUCGUGAAGAGCCACUUUUAUUGAUAAUGAUUCGGUUGAAUCUAUACCCAUCGAUUAGCAAAACAGGUUUAUUCUUUUGACUAUCAAUGAAAACCAGUUCCCGUUCCGUACUACAACUUGGAUUAUUUUCCAUUUUAAAUUGCAGUUGAUGUCCACUUAGCUUCAAGAACUUUCAAAUCCGAAAAGGAUUUCACAAAUUUGCAGUUGUAAGGUCGUUUGGUCGUUUUGAAACAUUGUUGACAUAUAUAUGACAAUAAAAAACAUAGUUUAAUAUUCUAAACAGGUUUUAUCUACACUAAUGCUAUAAAUUCUCUUUAUUGAGAAGGAAAUAUUCACUAAGUACUUUCUGAAAUAAGGACCAUUUACUUCUUAGUUACUUUUUCCGUAAUGGUCAAAAAGAUUCAAACACAUUAUGUCUAGAGGACUAAUUGUUGGCAAGGCCAGUUUUCGAACCCAUUUCAAAUUGAGGACGUUUUGCUCUCAGAGCAUUAUAUAUUGUAGUCGAUGUGCACCCAAGGACGUUUAGCUUCCAAAACCUCCUGAUCCGUAAAGGAGGCUCGGCUUUGCUCGUCUCAGUCAAGAAUUUUACGUGUGAAAGAGAAGGUAAGAAUUGCGCGCGGUAGUUCGUCUUUAAGCUAGUUGUGAUCACAUCGCGUUUAUAUUUUCUAUUGGUAUAUAUCAUGGUUCUGUCCACCCCGUAAAGGAUAAAGACGGGAUACUGUAUCUGUUACCACAUAGCUGUGCGUAAAGAUAAAAUGAAAAUAGUAUGCUGUUGUUUAGCAUUGUACGUAUAUACUAUGUACGGCCAAGUAUUUAUCCUAGGCGGAUAUGUUUAGGGGUAAGUGGUAACGUUUCAACGAACUGUUUACGAAUAGAGAGAAUCAAUACACGAAACAUAGACACA